AUUCUCUCACAAUUUUCAAUUCCUUCUUCGUCACCAUCAUCGUCUUGCAAACUCUCUUUCCUCCUUGCUUUUCAAACUAAAAAAAAAAAUAAAAGAAAAAAAAAACUUCUUCAAAGCUAAGGAAAACCUUUUUCGAUCUAUCAGAUUUCAGAGGUAUAAAUUUAGAAUGGAAGACGAGACCCAAAUGGCUUCAGAGGUAGAAAUAUUGAAGGUAGAUACCAAGGAGAAAGACGAUCCUAUCAAGGCAACAAAUGGAGACUUGCCGCAAAUAGAAAAAGCAGGAAAGAGAGACGAGGAUGAGACUGACGGAGAAUUCAUAAAAGUAGAGAAGGAAUUGCUUGAUGUGAAGGAUGCCUCUCAUACAGCUAAGGCAGCGACUGCGGAUGACGAGAAGCCAUCAGCAAUAGAAAGGAGCUUAAGCAGUUCAACCAGAGAAUUAUUGGAAGCACAAGAGAAGGUGAAGGAACUGGAACUUGAAUUGGUAAGAGUAGUUGAAGCAUUAAAGCAUUCUGAAUCAGAAAAUACAAAAUUGAAAGAAGAGGUCUUGCUUGCAAAGGAGAACUUGGAGGUUGGUGAAAAGAAGUAUGAGGAGAUUGAACAGAAUCACAAGAAAUUGCAAGAUCAAUUAUUUGAAGCUGAGGAGAAAUAUAGUUCACAGCUUUGCACUUUGAACAAGGCUCUGCAGGCACAAGAAAUGAAGCACAAGGAAUUGACUGGGGUAAAAGAAGCAUUUGAUGGUCUUAGCAUUGAGGUUGAGAACUCUAGAAAGAGUUUGCAAGAGUUGGAGCAAAAGCUGCAACUUUCUGAAGGUGAGUUAAAGAGGUUUGAGGAGUUGCACAAACAAAGUGGUUCACAUGCUGAAUCUGAGACACAAAGGGCUUUGGAGUUUGAAAGGCUGCUUGAAGAAGCAAAAGCAAGUGCAAAAGAAAUGGAAGAACAGAUGGCUUCGCUUCAAGAGGAAGUCAAUGGCCUUUAUGAGAAGAUUGCAGAAAACCAGAAAGUUGAAGAAGCCCUUGAGAACUCUACAGCAGAACUCGUAGCAGUUAAUGAAGAAUUGGCACUUUCAAAAUCACAACUGCUGGACAUGGAGCAAAGACUCUCUUCAAAGGAGGUUCUCAUAAAUGAACUGACACAAGAAUUGGACCUGAGGAAAGCUUCAGAAUCUCAGGUGAAGGAAGACAUCUUGGCAUUGGAGAAUUUGCUCAGUUCAACUAGAGAAGAUCUUCAUGCAAAGGUUUCUGAGUUAGAAGGCAUCAAGUUGAAGCUGCAAGAGGAAGUCAAUGCAAGGGAAUUGGUUGAAGCAGCAAUGCAAAACCAGGAGGAACAGGUCUCAGCUAUACAUGAAGAACUGUCGAAAGUAACGAAAGAAAAAGAAGCUCUUGAAACAACUGUAACAGAUCUCAGUAGUAAUGCUGCACAAAUGAAAGAAUUAUGCAGCGAUCUUGAAGACAAGUUGAAGGUUUCAGAUGAGAAUUUCUCUAAAGCAGAUUCUCUUUUGUCUCAAGCUUUGUCGAACAAUGCAGAGCUAGAACAAAAAUUGAAGCCUCUGGAAGAGCUUUACAAUGAAUCUGGAGCUGCUGCAGCAUUUGCUAUCCAAAAAAAUCUGGAGCUUGAGGAUUCAAUCCAAGCUUCAAAUGAAGCAGCAGAAGAUGCAAAAUCCCAACUGAGAGAGCUUGAGACACGAUUUAUCGCUGCAGAGCAGAGGAAUGUGGAGCUUGAGAAACAACUGAAUUUAGUUGAAUUAAGAAGCAGUGAUGCUGAGAGAGAAGUGAGAGAAUUCUCACGGAAAAUAUCUGAUCUCAGUACUGCUUUGAAAGAAUUGGAGGAGGAAAAGAAACAAUUGAGUGACCAGAUACAGGAAUACCAGGAGAAGAUAACCCACCUUGAAUCUUCCCUAAAUCAGUCAUCAUCAAGGAGUGCAGAGCUUGAGGAAGAGUUGAGGAUUGCUACAGUGAAGUGUGCUGAACACGAGGACCAUGCAAACAUGAAUCAUCAGCGCAGCCUUGAACUUGAAGAUUUGUUCCAGACAUCUCAUUCCAAAGUAGAAGAUGCCAGCAAAAAGGUGAAUGAGUUGGAGUUGUUACUAGAAGCAGAGAAGUACAGAAUUCAGGAACUUGAAGAUCAGAUUAGCACACUAGAAAAGAAAUGCGUGGGUGCAGAAGCAGAGUCCAACAAAUACAUAAACAAAGUAUCUGAACUUUCAGCUGAGAUUGAGGCAUUCCAAGCAAGGUCAUCAAACCUUGAAGUUGCACUGCAAACAGCCAGUGAAAAGGAGAGAGAACUGGCAGAAUGCCUGAAUUCAGUAACUGAUGAAAAGAAAAGGUUAGAAGAUGCAUCCAGUGGUUCCAGCCAGAUGCUGGCUGAAGCCGAGAAUCUUGUGGAAGUCCUGCGCAACGAAUUAACUGUGAUGCAGGAGAAGUUUGAGUGCAUUGAAAAUGAUCUAAAGGCUGCUGGAUUAAAAGAGAGUGAAGUAACGGCAAAGCUCAAGACUACUGAGGAACAACUAGAGACACAAGAAAAAUUAUUAGAGCAGGCUAUUGUUAGUAAGUCUGAACUUGAAUCAUUACAUGAAUCACUGGCAAGGGAUUCGGAACUCAAACUUCAAGAAGCUAUAGAAAACUUCAUGAGCAAGGAUUCUGAGGUAAAAUUCCUCGUUGACAAACUGAAGACUCUUGAAGACCAAGUGAAGUUAUACGAAGAGCAGGUAGCUGAAGCAGCUGGAAAAUCUGCAUCUUUGAAGGAAGAAUUGGAUUUGUGUUUGCUAAAAGUGGCUUCUUUGGAAGCCUCAAAUGAAGAACUUAAAAAACAGAUAUUGGAAGCAGAAAAUAGAGCUUCUAACUCUUCCUCAGAAAAGGAACUCUUAGUUGAGACAAACAAUCAGCUCAAAAGCAAGGUCAAUGAACUUCAGGAAUUUCUAAAUUCUGCUGUUUCUGAGAAGGAAGCCUCGUGUCAACAAAUUGCUUCACACAUGAACACUAUUACAGAAUUAUCAGAUAGGCACUCAAGGGCUCUAGAACUUCAUUCAGAAACUGAGACCUGGAUGGUUCAUGUGGAGACACAGUUACAAGAGGCCAUUCAGAGACUGACUCAGAAAGAUGCAGAAACAAAAGAUUUGAAUGAGAAGCUAAAUGCACUUGAAGGGCAAAUAAAAUUAUAUGAAGAAAAGGCUCAUGAAGCAUCUGCAAUAGCUGAAACUCUAAAACUUGAGCUGGAAGAGACUCACCUGAAAUUGAAACAUUUUGAAAUUAUUGUUGAGGAACUCCAAACCAGGUCAAGUCACUUUGAAAAAGAGAGUACAGGGUUAGCAGAGGCAAAUUUGAAGCUUACUCAGGAACUAUCCUCAUAUGAGUCCAAACUGAGUGAUCUAGAGGCAAAACUGUCUGCAACCAAUUUGGAGAAGGAUGAAACAGUAGAACAGCUUCACACAUCAAAGAAGGCUAUAGAAAAUUUAACUCAGCAUCUUAAUGAUGAAGGACAGAGACUACAGUCUCAGAUAUCUUCAUUUAUGGAAGAGAACAACCUUCUUAAUGAAUCUUAUCAAAAUGUAAAGAAGGAACUUCAGUCAGUGAUCAUCCAGUGUGAAGAGAAGAAAGCAAAUGAAGAUGCCCUAAAAUCUGAGAUUGAAAAUCUCAAGAUGGAGAUUGUGGAGAAGUCAGCAUUGCAAAACCGUCUCAAGGAAGUUGAAGAAAAAUUGGCAACAGCAGAGGCCCGUCUGAAAGAAGAGGUUGAAAACAUUCAGGCAUCUGCUGCUGGAAGAGAAGCUGAGUUAACUUUGAAACUAGAAGAUCAUGUACUGAAAAUCCAUGAUAGAGAUAUGUUAAAUGAUCAAGUUCUAAAGCUUCAGAGUGAAUUACAACUUGCUCAAAGCAUCAUUACUGAACAGAAAGAGGGAAAUUCUCAAAAAGAUUUAGAAAGAGAAGCAGCUCUGAGGAAAUCCCUUGAAGACCUUGAUGCUAGGGAAAAAGAAAUCAUACUUCUAGAGAAGCAAGUCAAGGAGCUUGAGCAGAAAUUGCAACUUGCUGAUGGAAAAUUACUAGAAAAGGGUGAUGGAGGCAAUUUGGCCGAACACAAGGACGGAACAGAAAUCAAAUCCAGAGACAUUGGAUCAACCAUUUCUGCUCCCACAAAAAGGAAGAGUAGGAAAAAGUUAGAGGCCGCAUCUGCCCAAACUUCAUCCAAUGCGGAGACACAUGUUAGAACCAUAGAGGUUUCCCAUGCCAUGAACAUUAAGUUUAUUUUGGGAGUGGCUGUUGUAUCUAUCAUCAUUGGCAUAAUUCUUGGGAAGAGGUAUUAAUUUUGGUGUUACAGAUCUUUGUUUGCCAUAUAUAUAUAUUCCUUGUUUUGUUUACGUUUAUGCACAGUAAAUGGAUACUUCGCCUGUAUAAUUAAUAGCAUAGGUUUUCGUAGUUGGUCAGGGAAAUUGUUUUUCAAUAUCAUCCCUUGCCUGAAUUCAAAGAUGUUUGUUUCAUGUAAUAUUCAAGUUUGAGGGUUUUUUA